UAUGUCUCCAUAUAAAAUUAGACCAACCCUAAUUUGUUGCUAUCUCUCUCUUUCGCUCUCUAGGGUUUCGACUCCAGCCCUUUGCUCAAUCCAAGUCUUGUGAUUAGCUUCGGACUCUCCAAAUUCUCAGCUACUAUUCUCGAUUUCUGGAGAGUAUUAUCUGAAAUCAGGCGACCAAUUGGAUAACGUUAGGUAGAUGGGAACAGAGAGAAAGAGGAAGGUGAGCUUGUUCGACGUAGUUGACGAGGCAGCGAUCUCGGCAAAGAAGUCCAAUGGCGCCUUGGCCGCCACGGCAGUGUCGACAAUAAACAAAUGGAAUGGAAGGCCCUAUUCUCAGAGAUACUACGAGAUAUUGGAGAAGAGGAAGACCCUCCCAGUGUGGCACCAAAAAGAGGAGUUCCUGCAGGCUCUCAAGGAAAAUCAAACCCUAAUUCUAGUUGGUGAAACGGGUAGUGGUAAAACCACUCAGAUUCCUCAGUUUGUUCUUGACGCAAUAGAGAUAGAGACCCCUGAUAAGCGUAGGAAGUUCAUGGUUGGAUGCACCCAGCCCAGGAGGGUGGCUGCAAUGUCUGUUUCACGUCGAGUUGCCGAAGAAAUGGAUGUAACUAUUGGAGAGGAAGUAGGUUAUAGUAUUCGGUUUGAGGACUGCAGCAGUGCUAGAACAGUUCUAAAGUACUUAACCGAUGGUAUGCUUUUGAGAGAAGCCAUGACAGAUCCGCUGUUGGAAAGAUACAAAGUGAUAAUUCUUGAUGAAGCUCAUGAGAGAACAUUGGCAACAGACGUUUUGUUUGGACUUCUGAAGGAAGUGUUGAAAAAUAGGCCGGACCUGAAACUAGUUGUGAUGAGUGCUACACUUGAGGCUGAAAAGUUUCAGGGUUACUUUAGUAGUGCACCGCUCAUGAAAGUCCCUGGAAGGCUUCACCCUGUGGAGAUAUUUUACACCCAGGAUCCGGAAAGGGAUUACCUGGAAGCAGCCAUACGCACUGUUGUACAGAUUCACACGUGUGAACCUCCUGGUGAUAUACUUGUCUUUCUUACUGGAGAAGAGGAGAUUGAAGAUGCAUGUCGCAAGAUAACGAAAGAAAUAGGUAAUAUGGGAGACCAGGUGGGUCCUGUUAAAGUAGUUCCUCUGUAUUCCACGCUUCCUCCAGCUAUGCAGCAGAAGAUUUUUGAACCUGCUCCUCCACCUGCAGUGGAGGGUGGUCCUGCUGGAAGGAAGAUAGUUAUAUCAACAAAUAUUGCGGAAACAUCUUUAACCAUUGAUGGCAUAGUGUAUGUUAUUGAUCCAGGGUUCGCAAAGCAAAAGGUUUAUAACCCAAGAAUUCGUGUUGAGUCUCUUUUGGUAUCUCCUAUAUCGAAGGCAAGUGCUCACCAACGAUCAGGACGUGCUGGGAGAACACAACCAGGAAAAUGUUUCAGGCUUUACACUGAAAGGAGUUUCCAUAAUGAUCUCCAACCACAAACUUAUCCAGAGAUAUUGCGGUCAAACCUAGCUAACACAGUCCUUACUUUGAAGAAAUUGGGAAUAGAUGACCUGGUCCAUUUUGAUUUUAUGGAUCCACCUGCUCCAGAAACACUGAUGAGAGCUUUGGAGGUCUUGAAUUACCUUGGAGCUCUGGAUGAUGAUGGGAACAUGACCAAGCUGGGUGAAAUUAUGAGUGAACUUCCACUGGAUCCCCAGAUGGCAAAAAUGCUUGUUGUUAGCCCUGAAUUCAACUGUUCAAAUGAAAUCCUUUCUAUAUCUGCUAUGCUUUCAGUACCCAAUUGCUUUGUCCGGCCUAGGGAGGCCCAAAAAGCUGCAGAUGAAGCCAAAGCUCGGUUUGGUCACAUUGAUGGGGAUCAUCUUACACUCUUGAAUGUGUAUCACGCUUACAAACAAAAUAAGGAGGAUCCGCAAUGGUGUUAUGAGAACUUUGUCAAUCAUAGAGCAUUGAAAUCUGCAGAUAAUGUUCGACAGCAGCUAGCUCGUAUUAUGGCCAGGUUCAACCUCAAGCUAUGCAGCACAGAUUUCAACAGCCGUGAUUACUACGUCAACAUUAGAAAAGCUAUGCUAGCUGGAUAUUUCAUGCAGGUUGCCCAUUUAGAGCGCACCGGGCACUAUCUUACUGUGAAAGACAAUCAAGUUGUUCACUUGCAUCCUUCAAAUUGCUUGGACCAUAAGCCAGAGUGGGUUAUCUACAACGAAUAUGUCUUAACAAGCAGAAAUUUCAUCCGUACAGUAACUGAUAUUCGUGGUGAAUGGUUGAUUGACAUAGCCCCUCAUUACUAUGAUUUGACAAACUUCCCCAACUGUGAAGCAAAGCGGCAACUUGAGAAGCUGUAUAAGAAACGGGAGAAUGUGAGGGAGGAGAACAAGAAUAGAAAGUGAAGAUAUACACUCAGCAGCUCAGCUCUUCCUGAAGAUACUCGUAGAUGGUAAUAGAGCAUCUAGGUUGAUCAAUUGAACUUCAAAUUUCUACAAUUUGUGGGGGUAGUCAACAUGCAUUGUACCCAAGUAUCAGCACAUUGAUUUCAGUUUGGAUACUUCUAAAUUAGUUGUUUCCCUGCUGCAACAGGGGUUUCUAUUCUAUAAAUUACUUAUAGCUACUGAAGUAAGAAACACUUGUGCAUCCAUCUCUGCGUCUUUUUUUGUUCUUGUGUGAGCAUGCGAGCACAAGCUCGUUCAUUCAUCAUGAACCUGUGAUGGUGGUGCUGUCUUGCAAGGGAAACUAUGAUUGGGACAAACUAGUACACUGGAUGCUUUUUAUUCUAGACAUGAUAACAAUAUUCAUGAUGUGAUUAUCUC